GUCAAGUGAGUGUUAAAGAGUUCGCGAGCGCCGCGAGGGGGGUGAGGGCGGAACUGGGGUCCCCAUGGUGCUCGGUGGAGCGGAGGAGAAGGGGGGACGCGGAGAGGCCGCCCGGGAGGGCCGCGCUCAUUGUCCGCCCGCCCGCUCGCGGCCGCCGCCGCCGCCAUUCAAGAUGGCGGCACCUCUUUCCCCCCUCCCCUCAGCGCCAACCGCCGCCCUUCUCCCCGCCCACCUCGCUGCCCCUCGGCCAACCACCGAGCGGCGGGCGGUGGCGCCGACCAAUGGGCGCCGAGGGCGCCGCCCGCUCUCAGUGAAGGCGCCGGGCGGAAAAGCCGCGCGGGGAGGGGGGGUCGUACGGGUGGAGGUAGGGGUGAUUGACGCGCCAGUCGGCCAAUGAGAAUGCGAUGUUGGAAGUGCCACCGCCCAAUGAGGCUACGGUUGGGUGGGGAGGGGCGGGUUCGUGACGUCAGCGGUGUCGGCGGCCAAUGGGGAGGUCGGUCGCGUCUAUAUAAGGGCGGGCGGGGGCAGGCCAAGCGGCGCCAUUUCGCGGUGGACGAGGGGACGGAGCUGGUCGGGCCGCGGCAGAGAGAGCGAGCGAGAGAGAGCGCGCAGAGGGGCGGCCCCUUCAAAAAAAAAAAAAAGCAACCAACCUCUCUCGGCUCCAUCCCCCCGGAGGAGCUCCGAGGGGGGGAAACCCUCCCCGGCCUCCGCAGCGACCCCUGCCUGCGGCCACCGGCGGCGAGCGGCCGCCUCCUCGUCCUCCUCUUCCUUCCCCCCCCUUCACCUCCCUCAGCGAGCCAAGAUGGAGCGCGGCCGCUGAUCCCGUCGAUCCGCCGUCAUCCACCGGCCUCCCCGCGGCUCAGCGCCUUGUCUGCGGUCCUUGCGGGUGCUCCGGGCUCCGAGCGACUCGCCGAGGGUUGUAUCGAGCGCGUCGCGAAGGGUUUGUGCCUCCCGGUGAAGCUCCGAAGAGAGGACCCCCCCGCUCCCCUCCACUACCCCCCCGUUGCAUCCCCUCAGCGCUCGCCGCCAUUUUCGCCGCGCCCGUGGAUGUUGAGGCCGUGGGAGGGUCCCGGCAUCGUCUCCUAAGGGAAAAUUAAUUAGAUAGAGGAAAGGGGGGGCUCCUGGCUCGCCUCCCGAUCCCCUCCCCGUCCUCAUCCCGCCGGGGAUGCGCUGACGGGGGGGGGCCCCCACUGGGCCGCGAGCGGCGGAGCUUUGGCCGGGCAAAGUGGGGGGGUCGUCGGAGGAGACGGCGGGAGGAGGAGGAGGAGGAAGAGGAGACGAGGGCCCGCGGGCCGCGCACGGAGCCGUCGGGAUGUUGCAGAAUGUGAAUCCCCAGAGCAAGCUCCUGGGGGAGGGCAAUGCCGGGCUCAUGGCGCUGGCGACGCCGACGGAGUCGACUCCCGGGAAGCGGAUCCGCAAACCUUCGCUGCUCUACGAGGGCUUCGAGAGCCCCACCAUGGCCUCGGCUCCCGCCCUUCCCAACCCUCAGGCCAAUCCGCCGCCUCCCGAGGUUUCCAAUCCCAAAAAACCCGGUCGGAUCACCAACCAGCUCCAGUACCUGCACAAGGUGGUGAUGAAGGCGCUGUGGAAGCACCAGUUCGCGUGGCCCUUCCGCCAGCCCGUGGACGCCGUCAAGCUGGGCCUGCCGGAUUACCACAAGAUCAUCAAGCAGCCCAUGGAUAUGGGAACCAUCAAGAGGCGCCUGGAGAACAACUAUUACUGGGGGGCAGCCGAGUGCAUGCAGGACUUCAACACCAUGUUCACCAACUGCUACAUCUACAACAAGCCCACGGAUGACAUCGUGCUGAUGGCGCAGACCCUGGAGAAGAUCUUCCUGCAGAAGGUGGCACAGAUGCCUCCGGAGGAGCAGGAGAUCGUGGUGCCCGUGGCCAAGAACAGCCAUAAAAAGGGGGCAUCCAGGGCGGCAGCGCUCCUGGCGGGACUGACGGCAGCUCAGCAGGUCCCGGCCGUGUCCUCGGUGUCCCA